UUACAGUGUAACUUUUCUUUAGAUAAGAAGUUCAAAAUACACCAUUAGCCUUAUCUGAUGUUAGUAUAUAGUAGAGCAAUGUGGAAGAUAUAUUUCAUUUUUUGUAUAUUAUGGCUUCACACGGACCAAAUAGAAAGUUGCCAAGACGGCUGGGUGUCUCACGAUACAAGAUGCUACCAUUUUAGUCACGAUGAGGAGUCCCUCCCUGUGGCAGCCCUUGUAUGCCAAAACAUGGGUGGGGAACUAGCAGAAAUAGAAACUGCAGAGGAAAAUGUUUUUCUGAUAAACAAGGUUAAAAUUUUGCAAAAUUAUUUCUGGAUUGGCCUGACAGAUAUUCAAGAAGAGGGAAUUUGGCGCUGGUACUCAAGCAAGCGUUUGCUGACUACUACUGGAUUCUCAAGUUGGGCUCCAGGACGGCCAGACAAUAUUGGCGGCAAAGAAAAUUGUUGUCAAAUACGAUCAGACGGUCUUUGGGGUGAUGACCAGUGUCAUGUAUUUAAAUUCUAUAUCUGCGAGAAGCCACUAGGAAACACUGAAAUCAUCGGAUGAUGAAUGAUAUGCAUGAUGAAAAGCAAGAAAAUGUAUAUGUCAGUGCAUUUUUAUUCCUAAUUGAUUACAGGAAAUAAAAUAUUUUCAAAGAU